CGACGGGGAAACACCAGGCGCAGAAGGCAGCAACGAAGCCCGGCAGCCAUGCGGCCCUCCGCCCUGCCCGCCCUCGCGGCCCUGUGCGGCCUCCUAGCGCUCCUGCUCCUCCCGGCGGCGGCGCGCGCCCAGGUGGGGCUGCGCACGGCGCCCCUCACCGCGCCCAGGGUCCGCGACAACGCCGGCGGCAAUGACAGCCGCCUGGGCCCGCUGUCCAAGUGGACGGGCGUCCCGCGCAAGAAUGCCACCAGCCAUAUCGAAAGCUCCCUCGCAGCCAUCUUCCGCGGCGUCGCCUACGGCGUCUCGACGCUGCCCACUACCUCCUCCACCACCACGCCCGCGCCCCCGCCGCCGCCCGAGCCGACGCUGCCCGCGGGAGGCGCCCACAGGGGACGCCACAACUCGGGGCGACACUCGCACCCGUCGUCUGCGCCGCCGGCAGGAGACGUCGACGCGAAGGGCGGCGGCCACCACAGGGGCGUGAACAGCGUCGGCGACAGCCCCGUGCAGACGCCCUUCGUGGAGGCCGACGAGGACGACGUGCUUGUCGGCGCGGGCGACGGCCUCGCCCCCGACGAGACGGGCGUGGUGCGGGCGGACGUGGGCGUGAGCAAUGUGGCGUGGGUGCGCGAGCUGGGCGCAGCCUGGGUCGUGCACGUGUACUGCGCCGCCGGCCUGUACAGCCUGCUGGCCCUGCUGGCGCUGUUCUGGCUGUCGCGAGUGCACGCGGGCGCGCACCUGCUGCCGCGCGGCUACUACAUCACGGUGCAGCUGCUCAUGUUCCUGGCCGCCUUCCUGCGCUGCGUGCACCUGUUCCACGACCCCUACGGCGCCGAGCACCGCCUGCCCGAGACGCUGUCGGCCGUGGUCGAGGAGGCGGGCUGGCCGUGCCUGACGGCGGCGCUGGCGGCGGUGGCGCUGGCCGUGGUGCGGGCGUGGCGCUGCCCGCGGCACCUUCCGCGCAAGCACCACGCGCCCGCCGGCCUCGCCGUGCUCACCGUCACCCACCUGGUGACCUCCGUGGGCGCGCACCUCGUCGCCGCCGUGCUGCCGCAGCACGCGGGGGCGCUGAGGGCGGCGGCGCGGACCGUGACGGCGGCGUGGGGCGGCACGGUGGGAAUCGCCGGCGUGCUGGGCGUGUGGCGGGCGGCGCGGGAGGCGGGCCGCCAUCCGGCGCAGCUCCUGGUGCGGCUCAGCCGCUCGCCUGCGGAAGCGGCGGCGCACACGCGGCACCCGCGUGCGGUCCUACUGCGCGGCGCCCACCUCACGCUGGCCGCCGCCUUCGCCCAGGUGCUGCUGGCGGCGCUGCACAUGUACGCCCUGGUGGGGCCGGCGGACAUGCUGGCCCUCCCGCCCGCGAACCCGUGGCACUGGCUGGCCCACCAGAGCGUGUGCCGCGUGCUCGAGGUCUCAUGUGGCCCUGCUGGGGGCGGCGGCGGCGCUACCCGUGGGCGGCUCGCCCGUCAAGCGCGAGAGCGUGCACAAGAGCGAGACGAGGCUGCUGGCCGCCUUCUCCUGCCGGCGCUGCGGGGGCUGCGCCUGCGCCGACGACGACUCUCAGGGGAAGGACGACGAGGUGUUCCCGACGGUGUGCCAGGCCAGCCAGGCCGUGAGGAACUACACGCUGCAGGCGUGCGGCAAGGGCGUGUUCGAGGAGUCCCGCCCCCGGGGCCGCCCCUGCACCACACCAACACCACGCGCACCUCCGCGCGCCGCUCCUCCAUCCGCAAGUCCGCCACGCUGCACUCCACCACCUCCGACAUCCACCUCCUGUGGAACCACCAGGGCCACGCGCCCACGGCCAUCCCCGUCAGCACCGCCUCCCGCCCCUCCUCCAUGUUGUUCAACGACGCGGGCUUCGUCAGGUUCCGCAUGCAGGUGGACCCCAAGCAGGAGGCGGAGGAUGUGACGAGGACGUCCCUGCAGGACCUGGAGGUGAAGUCGGACGGGCCGAAGGACGCCGCCUCCGCCAAGCUGCUCAGCCAGACUCCCGUCGGCGGCGACGACGACGACUCGCCCGUGUACGAGCGCACGUACGCCAACGUGUCCAAGUCGGCGGGCAACUCGCCUGUGCGGGCCGUCAGCCCGAGGUUCGGCGCCGCCUACGCCAACAACUUCGAGGAGCUGAAGCAGAAGCGGCAGUGCGCCGGCGACGUGUACAGCGGCGGCAGCGAGGACGGCCACUGCAAGAGCGACGGCGCCAGCGUGACCGACUGCAGCUCCACGGACGCCGCCUCGCCCGCCAUCACGUACGACAACGAAUGGUCCAAGUACGCCAGCACCUGCUCCUCCAUCAGCGCCGCCAACAGCUUCGACGUCCGCAUGUACGACGACUUCGAGGUGGCGUCGUACUACCACGCGUCGCCUGUGUCCUCGUCCGACGCCUCGCACGUAUACGCCACCCUGCAGCGGCCGCCCCCGCGGGCGGUGCGGCUCGCUCGCCAGCGCGCCCUCCAGGGGGACGCCUCGCCGCCCACUGCGCGCCCGCACGACGCACACAUGUACACUCAAGAGCACUUCAUGGCCCCCCACGUCCUCGGCCGCACCUCUUCCAUGUCCCCGCAGCCCGACUUCCUGGAGCGAGCCUCCGACGGCCGCCCUCGGGCCUCGGACACCGACCUCUUCUCCGCCUCGAGCCACCUCAAGGGUAACCUCCGCUUCCACGAGGCGAUGGAGAGGUCGCCGGGGCCUCCGAGGCGGCCGCCGCAGCCCAUCCCUCGCCGGGUCAACCUGCACGCCAUGAGCCCCGAGGCCACGAUGGUCAUGGACUACAGAAGACGAGCCGCCGGGGAAGGCCCCGACGAAGGGGGCGAGCCCACGCUGCUGGUGCGCCUCGGCCAGUCGCCGUCGCAGCAGCAGCAGCAGGCGCGGCCGGGGCUCCUUAAGAAGAUAGUCAAGAACAACUUCUCCCUCGGAGGCGCCGGCUACUCCCCCCUCAGCUCCGAGGACGUCUACACCCUCCCCAUCCAGCAGCAGCAGCAGAAGGGCCCUCGGCACCCGUACCAGCACCAGUCUCAGCCACGGCGCUUCAACGACAAGCGAGAGCGCGUGCGGCCUUGUGGCCACCGUCCCCGCCGCGGCCCCGGCUCCCGGCAGGAGCCCUCUGCCACGAGCCCCACCACGUGCUCGCCCGUCCACAUGCCCAAGUACCCAGGCGACCCCGUGCGCCACCUCCAGGGGCACCCGGCCGACCAGCAAGACUUCCAGCAGGCGAUUCUGAUGAACGGGAAGGAGAUCGACGCGGAGGGCCGCCGCGGCGAGAGGCCUCCGCCGCCCCCCUCCCCCGCGCCGCCUCCGCCUCCCCGCCGUCUUCCCGUCCCGGUUCCUCCAUCGCCUCGCACUCCGACCUGCCCUCCGAGUGCGUGGACUCCGACGACGAGAUCCAGUCCGAUGCCGCACAAAAGCACGACAGCGAGGACGACGAGGACGUGUCGGACUCGUCGUCGACUGCGGCGGCGGCGACGGCGGCGCUGAGGAGGACCUCGGGGAGUGGCCGCUCUCCGCCGAGGUCGCUUGUCUGACCCCCGGCCUCCUUUCUGCCGUGGGAGCGCCGCCUCUCGUGGACGAGGAUCUUCACGAUCUCCUUCGACGACGGGGAGUCCACGGCGCUCGACCUGGAGUGACGGAGCCGGUCGGGGUGGCAGAGGAAGGGUUCGAUGAAUACAUGAUUCAUUCAAGCGAUAUCCUGAGGGGGUGCCAAGGAUCAGCCAAAGAACGUGCGACGAAAGACAAACAGACAAAGGGUGAUGGAAAACGGAGGAAAUGACGAAAGAGAACGAGAGAGAGAGCGAUAAUAAUCACAUGUAAAUCGCUGGGUCAAAGCUUGCUGGCUUGACUAUGAUGUGUGUGCAAUAGUGGCUGGAGGGUUCAGGGUACGUGCUUAGACCCCAACCCCGAACACAGGAGACUCGUGUGUGCUUCAUAGAGUUCGAAAAGUGGAAAUAAAAGAUAGAAAGAAAGGCAAUGAAGCAUCAACCGAACUACAGAGCCCGAAUUUGUGAUUUGUGGAAGGGAAGGAAAGCGUGUGCAUUGGGGCAGACUUUCUACCGACGGUGCGUUGAGCAAGACCCAGUGGUUUUAAUACGAGGUUUUACGAGUUCGUCUCCGAAUUCCGUGUUUAUCAGUGAUUUCACAAGGUGCGAAAACCUAGAAGCUUUUCCGAAGAAGCUUUGCGUGUGUGAGAGAGUGCGUGUGUGCGCGUGUACAUAAAUAUAUUGAACUACAUAUUCAAGAACUAAAAAAAGAUUAUAAAAUGGAUGAUUGGUGAGCGCUAAGCAGCUACAAACCUCUGAAUGUAUUUUUUUUUGUCUCUCCAGAAGCACAUCCCCUGUGGCGGAUGGCCAAGGCUUGUAUUGUAUUUCUUAAGGGUGGCUGGCCCCUCGAGGGCUGGCGCAGUACAAACCCUUCAUUGUGAUAUUAAACAUGUAAACAAGGGUAACCGAGGCAUGGCAGUUGUAGAGUUGUGAUGUAUUGGAAGCAGUUUUUUUUUCCGUUUGAUAUUUUUUGUUUUUUUUCUUUUUUUUUUUUUUUUUUUUCUUUUCUUUUCCUAAAAUGUAAAAUAACCGAACGGCUUUUUUCCGGCCAUUUUUUUCUUAAUCUUUUCAACAUCUUUACCAACCCAAAUCUGAUUAUGCUGAAAGUUUGCGUAAGUACAAAACUUACCAUCCUCCUUAAAAAAUGCUGUUGUAAACCGCUCAGAAGGGAAAUGCCUACGGGUCUGAGGACAGUCUAAAAAAGUAUUAAGCAGAAAAAUAAGAAUUAGGGGGAAAAAAUCUAAAAAAUAAGAUCAAAUAAUUCGAGGGGGAAAAAUAAGCCUCAAUAAUCCUUUAAAGGUCAGAUUCCUUUAGCGCAGAUCUGUUCCAUUUCACAUCCCAGCACUGCACUGUCAUGCUUCACUUGUGGUUCCAUUGCUUGUAAGACUUUGUGCAACGUCUUUCAUGCCAAGGUGUAAAGUGCACUUAAUAAUGUCCUUUACGUCUGGGAGGUAAGGAGAGGAGAGGAGAACACGCAGAGAGAGAGAGAGAGAGAGAGAGAGAGAGGAGAGAGAGAGAGAGAGAGAGAGAGAGAGAGAGAGAGA